GGUUUAAAUUCAGUUGAGAUUCGAUUUUAUAAUAAAUAUUACAGCGUUGGCAUAUGAGCUUCCAUGUUCCGCCACUGGGCGCAUGCCACUCGACAACACACACAGUUUCAAUUUUGUUACUUUGGGUUACAUUAACAGCUUUUCUUCUUAAAAAUAAUGCAUUUCCAAUGAAUUCAUCUUUCGAACCGACAGUCUAUUUCGUUGACUCAAUUAAUACCAAUAAUGACAUGCUAAAAGUGGAUAUUCAACACAAAGGUUGUCAAUACUGGAGAGACAACGACUCACGUGAUUGCAAUGACAACCGAAGUCAGUCAAAUCCAUCUAGUUUCCUCCAGGUGUUCGUUGGUGUUGGUUGAGCGUGGUGACAGUGCGAAGUGACAUGGCUGAGAAUCAGGACCGUGCUGCGGCAACCGGUAGCUUAGCUGAAGCUUUACAGCAAUUCUUUGCAGCAGCAGGAGGAUCGGGUAGGGCGUUGACUGGGCCAGGAGGAUCUGUUCCGCGUGUCCGUGAAGUGAGGGACCAGUCCUCUCAGACGACUGACAUCCAGCAUGUCACAGUGGGAGUGCAGUGCGACCUGCUCGUGCCAGCAUGUUUGGGCACCAGUUAUUCUGAGUUGCCAGCAAUGCCAGCAGCUGGACCAAGCUCAAGCUGUACACCCAUGUUCCCUAUGCCAUCAUCAACCUCAAGUGCUGCAGCCUCUGGAAGUCCCACAACAGCUGGGCCAAGCUGUUUCCCAGCACCAACCUCAAGUGCUGCAGCCUCUGGAAGUCCGUCCUCAACUGUUUGCGGUGAUGUCUGUACCAAUCUACCAUGCUCUGCUGCCAAUCCACCAUGCUCUGCUCCCAAUCCCUGGUACCAUGGUCGUGACCCCUCUCGAGUUGACCCCUCCACCUGGAGCCAGUGGCCUGACAGCCCAGGUUCCCGAGGCCCCUACUCAGCUCCUGCUGGUGGGAGCAGCAGUGCCAACGCCAGCUCUAGUUCCCAGUGGCAUUGCAACAAUCCAGUUCGCAACGAUGCCAUAGAACAAUCACCUUUUCCUUGGCGCGAGACACCACCUUGGCGGCAAGCGCAGUGGCGCAGCAACACUCCAGUUCGCCAUGAUACCACUGACCAGCGUGCAGCCUCUACCUCUGGUGGAUGGUCUGCCUCCCGCCACUUUGCGCCUUUUCCUGCUCUAAAUGAAGGUUCUAUGGCGGUUGGCCGCCAGGGCAGAAGACCAACUCAGGAAGAUGAGGAUGAGGAAGACGAUGAGGAUGACUGGGAUUCUGCCCGCAAGAAACGAAAACCUGCUGGUCCAAGGAAGCAGCAACCAGGCAAGAGGGGGAGGCCUCGGAAAAACCCAAAGGUGACAGGUGUUAAGUGCCAACUGUGUUUUAAGCCUAUUGCCACAAAGCAGUUCAAAUUGUGCCUGCACUACUUUUGUGAUCCGUGCAUCUCUGGAUGGCUGACGGAGUGGCAUCACUGCCCUUCGUGCAUGGCUGCUCCUCUCAACGCAGAGGACCUAGUCGAAUGCAAAUUCGAUUGACUUAGUAUUUUUGUAACAAGUUUCGUAUUGCUGCUAAACUGUUAUUAAAAGUUCUUAAUGGCUUUGUUUUUCUGUGCCUUUUUUUUUGUAGUUUAUGUGAACUGUUCAGUCUCAUCUACAUAUCUUAGUAUUUGCUAAUCAAGUUUUUUUUCAAGCCUUUUUCAAUGGCUUUGUUUCUCUGUGACUUUUUUUUUGUAGUUUUUGUUUUUGUUUUCAUUUAUGUAUCUUAAUAUUUGCUGAACUGUUAUCAAAAGUUCUCCAAGCCAUUGGGCUUUGUUUCUCUGUGCCUUUUUUCGGUAUUUUCUGUGAAAUGUUCAGUCCCAUCAGUGUAUCUUAAUAUUUGCUAAACUGUUAUCAAAAGUUCUCCUGUUUCAAUGGCUUUGUUUCUCUGUGCCUUUUUUUUGUAGUUUCUGUUUUUCAUCUAUGAAUCUUAAUAUUUGCUCAACUGUUAUCAAAAGUUCUCCAACCCACUGUGCGUCGUUUCUCUGUGCUUUUAUUUUGGAGUUUCUGUGAAAUGUUCAGUCUCAUCUAUGUAUCUUAAUAUUUUAGACAAGUUUACCAGUCUCUUAACUGGCGUACCUGAAGUAUUGCCUUAUGUAAGUUUUAUUUCCUUUAGUUUUUGUCAUUUGUGACUUAUUUUUAAUGCUGAGCUAUGUUACUAGUAGGCCUGCUGGCCUACUUCACGCCAGUUUUGU